AUGCGCUUCGCUUUCUUCGUCGCUUUGAUGUGCGGAGGGUCUGUGGAGAGUGCUCGACUCGCUCUUCAGCAGCAGAUGUCUGCAGCCGGGGCUCUUAAAUACACUGAUGUGUGUUGCUGUAAGCGCCACAAGAAAAUCCAUAAGACCUUCCGGAAAGCUGGGAAGACCGUCAACGUGAAGCACUCGGAUUGCCAGAUGUUGAAGCAGAUGAGGCCGGAUCGUCCCUUCUGGUGGUACUGGGGAUCCAAGGAAUCUGAGGCGCGGUGCUGCUGGACGAGCCCAUACUUCUGCACGCCUACUAUCGGAUUUCUCAUGAUCAAUAACGAUGGCGGAAGACGGAUCGAGGACAAAGACCGCGAAGGGCUUUGUCCGGCUACAGAUCCCAGGGGAGAUGUGGAUCCCGUCGACAAGACUUUCGCCUAUAACCGGAUUAUAAACCACUUGACAACCGAUAUCCGUGAUGCGUUGAUACUGAAGGUAGUGGGGAUGGCGGUGGGAGUUGCAGCCGUACACGGCGGACCUGCUGCACAACAUGCUCAAGCUUAUAAAAGUGCAGGCACACUCAAGAGAGCUGCCGAAGGUGCCUUGGGCAAGGCCUUUGACGGCGCUGUGCGCCACCGAUUUGUGUCCGAAUCCAAUCCGCCGAUAGUGGCCCCCACGGAAUGGUUUCGCUACGGCGGUGACAGGCCCCUCGAGGUCGCAAAAUCUGUGCACGUCUUCAACCACGGGAAGGAGUUUCCCAAUGUGAAGGACUGGUUUCACAACGAAGUACGAGAAGAUGGCCACGCGAUUGUCGUCUUCCAGGACCCCAGCACCUACGUGCCACCGACUAGGAGGACACUGGCUCUGAUGAAUACUUCUGCCCGGGAGUUUUGCGGGCAGGAUUCUCAGCAAUUUGCGACCGUCUGUCUUGAGAUGAAUGCAACCGGCGAGAAGGAGCUGAACGUCACAAGCGAGGCGGAGGGCUCCUGA